AUUUCGUAGUAUUAAGUGGGUAUUAUCGAGGACCAGCUCAAAAAUAUAUUGGUGGGAAAUGUCGAAAUCUAGAAGGUCUAAAUCAAGGACUAUGUGAAGAUAUUAGAAUACAUCAUACGUCUGGGCAUGCUUACCUUGCAUGUGGAGACGAACAUGGUCAUAAAACCCAAUGGUGGCCACCAUUGAAUGUAUACAAUAACUACAGUUAUCAAUCAAGGGAUACUUUUUACGUAUAUAAUAUUGAG